GUUGAGAAGUUCAAAGCAUUAAAGAUUGAAGAGAAAAGUAAAGAAACAUGUGUUACAAGUUACCAUAGCAACAAAAUCUUGCAACAUCAUUUACUUCAUCUACAUCUUCUUUUUCAAUUGUAUGAUUCAGUCGGUUUCGAAAUUGAUUUUAAGAGAUUUAAACAAGUCAAAUGGUUAAGUAUAUACAGUGGAAAGAAUUAUUAAUUCUACUUCAAUUUUUAAACGUAUUUUACAUUAUACAGGCGUCCCAAAUAAACAUAGAAAAGUUUGAAAAUAAUCACAUUCGACAUGAAAAUCAUAAAGUUAGGCAAAAAGUUUUAUUAAAUCAACUCAAGAUGUACUGGAAGUGUAGAAGAAAUGCUAUUAACUUGCCAUCUGAUGUUGAAGGAGAUGAUGCAUUUUGCCCUUCAACGUUUGACGGAUGGGUAUGCUGGAAUACAACAAGAGCACGUGUUCAAGCAACCGUCCAAUGUCCAUCAACAGAUGAUGAUGAUGAUGAUGAUGAUGAUGAUGAUACACGUAUAGCAUUGAAGAAUUGCUUACCAAAUGGUAAAUGGGAGAAAAAUCAAAAUGGAGAGGAUGCUACUAAUUAUGAAGCUUGCAAUAUAAAGCACCUGAGCCCAGAAACUAAGAGACGAUUAUAUGAAUUAAUUACAAAUUUUGCAAGUUUAGAUGAAUCUCCUUACGAUGAUCCAAAGAUUCUAAAUGUGUAUGAAAAAUGUGUUGAAAAUUUAGUUACCAGAACAUCAACUAUACCUGGUACUUACUGUCCAGGUACGUUCGAUGGGUGGAGUUGCUGGAAUGAUACCCCUGCUGGUGAAGUAACUUACGCUGUUUGUCCUAAAUUUAUACCUGGUUUCUUGCCAGAUAGCUGA